AUGGAUCUCCUCCAAACAGUCCGCAAAGAAGGAUCCCGCGGCGGGCGCAACGAGUUCUCCUGGAGCGACGUUCAAAACGACCCCCACCGCCAAAACUACCUCGGGCACUCCCUCAUGGCCCCCGUAGGACGCUGGCAAAAAGGCAAAGAUUUAAAUUGGUAUGCCAAAGGCGAAAAUGGCGAGGAAAUGGACGAAGCAGCACAGAGAAAAGAAGAAUUGCGCAAGGUCAAACAGCAGGAGGAGGAUGAGAUGUUAAGGGCUAUGGGAUUGCCGGUGCCGGAUAGGGAGAAUGCAAAUUUGGAGCCUGUGGCGCUGAGGCCGGGGGUGGGAGGGCAGGGGAAGGCUGUGGUGGNNAGACGGACAAGCGUGAGAGAAGUAGGAGUAGGGAGAGGAGACACAGACGGCACGACAGUCGUGAGAGAAGGCAUAAGAGACGGUCACGUUCGAGGGACGGCGAGGAGCAUAGGCGGCACGCACGACACAGAGACGGCAGACGAGACGAGGAUGAACGCAAACACCAUCACAGUCGUCGCGAGCGCUCGAGGUCGGGAUCUGGGGAGCGCAGAAAAUAUAGAAGUCGCUCGCCGAGGGAGAGGAGGGAGAAGGAUAGAGACAGCGACAGGCGCAGGCGCCAUGAUUGAGCCUAGCAGAAGACGAACCAAGCAGGUUCACCAUUACGACUGA